AAGCUCACCACGGCAGGCUCACAUACGUACGGCGCCAAAGCCAAAGAUCCACCUUAUAUAUGCGGCGUGUGUUGCCGACAGACGGCUCACUUCAAACACCUUGAGCUCCUCACAAGUCAUUUCUAGGAGCCUCACCAACAUGUGCAGCUCUGCUUCCUGGAACUCCUCACCUCCUGGUGUGCUCUUCAUCAGGCAGCAGGGGAAGAAGAAGCCACAUGUCUCAAUGACUCUCAGGAGGAAGAGGUUAAGGCUGAUCAGGAGGAGGAGGAGGAGGGAGCUGAGGAGGGCUGCUGGAGGGGCGGAGAUGGCGAUGCUGAACCUGAGGCUCCACCUGGAGAACCGGCGCAUCCUGGCGGAGAACGAGAGGCUCCGGGAGAGGGCCGGCGCGCUCCACCGCGAGAACCUCGCGCUGCGUGCCAACCUCUGCAAGGCGGCGCCACCGCCGGCAGAGGCUGCCCCUGGCUGCUGAGCCUCCCGCCGUUCUCCUUGGUGGCUCCUUGUUGUGCUUGUGCUAGCUUGUCUAGGUGUGUUGAUGGUAGCUCCCUGGCCUGUUGGAGAUGGCUGGAUGGCUGUGCUUAUCGAUCAACCACAAGGUUUUUCUUGGGCCUAAUUUGUGUGAUUUGUGGCAAGAUCAAUAGAUCAUGGUUGCACAUUAUGUGUUUUAUUUGGAAGUGCAGGGAUUAGUUAGCAAGUUUUUAUCUGGCUGGCUCUUUUUGAAAAGAAAAGGGGGGAGGAAAAUGAAAGGCGGCUUUGAUCAAAAGGGCAAACAUGUCAACUCUACUUCCUCUUGUUAAAACCAGAAAAUUUGUGUGA